AUGUUGAUUAAUCGGUUCUUACUACUGUCGGCUUUGGCUGGCACUGUUCUUGGCCACACUGGUGGGCACUUGGUGAAGCGCGAACAGCCUGGUGUACCAAAGACUCCGAUAUUGGAUCUUAACCCACUUCAUUGGGGAGAUGUCAAUUUCAUUCACACCACAGAUACUCAUGGCUGGCUCGAGGGUCAUUUGUCAGAGGAGUCUUACAACGGUGACUUGGGUGAUUUCUACUCAUUUGCGGUCAGAAUGAAGGAAAAGGCACAAAAACUGAAGAAAGACCUAUUUAUCGUGGAUACUGGAGAUCUUCACGAUGGAAAUGGCUUGAGUGAUGUGACCCCCCUUGACGGACUUGUCACCCAACCAAUGUUGAAGAACAUUCCUUACGACGUGCUCUCCGUUGGUAACCAUGAACUUUAUGUCAAUGAAGUCACGUUGGAUGUCCAUAAGAAUUUUGUGCCUCAUUGGAAAGGUCGUUACUUGGCUGCUAACGUGUAUAUCAAGGAUGCUAGCAACAACAAGACCGUUCAACUUGGAGACAAAUACGCGUAUUUCAAGGGUGCCCAUGGUACACGUGUGCUAUCAUUUGGCUUCUUGUUCAAUUUCAACGGAAACGGAAAUGCAUCUGUUGUCCGCAAUGUGGCCGAUGAAAUCAGUGAUCCUUGGUUUGAGAAGGCACUUUUGACGCACAAGGCCGAUGUGAUUGUUUUGAUUGGUCACAUUAGUCUUCACACCGGUGAAUUCCAGACAGUCACUGCUGCAAUCCGCAAGCAUUAUCCUUAUAUUCCUAUCACAAUUUUGGGUGGUCACACCCAUAUCCGCGAUUUUGCUAUUUAUGAUUCUUGGGCAGCUGGUAUUGAGUCUGGCAGAUAUCUCGAAACAAUUGGCUUCUUCUCUGUAGAUGGAAUUUCCGAAUCAAAGAAGUUUAUCGAAAAGCACGGAUACCAGUCCUCUCAAUUGCCCUCCAACCUUACCUUCCAUCGCCGUUACCUUGACCAGAACCGUGAAACCUAUAUCUAUCACUCCUUGGACAAGAAGUCUACCGAUAAGAAGAGUAAUAACAAGAAGCUCAAAUUUGACACACCUCUCGGAAUGUAUAUCUCCAAGAACAUCACCAACUGGCGCGACCGUCUUACUCUGUCUACUACUCUUGGAUGUGCUCCCCAAGAUUAUUAUCUCUCAGCUGUCCCUAUGACCAGCAACAGCAGUCUUCUUAGCCUUGUUGUAAACGAGGUCUUGCCCCAAGCUGUUACCGAUCCUUCCCGCCCUUACCCACCUUACAUUAUUAUCAACAGUGGCUCUCAGCGUUAUGAUGUUUACAAGGGUGCUUUUACUCUGGACAACAUGUACCAAGUAUCUCCUUUUGUCGAUCGCUUCAUGUACAUCCCUGCUGUUCCUUUAAGCAUUGUCAAGCAAGUCCUUCCUAUCAUGAACCAUGAAAAGGUUACUAAGCGUAGUGUCUGGCCUCAUGGUCCUCAACCCGAAUAUAUCGAAAGCCAAAACUACCUUGCAGAGCACUUUGGAGCCGAUCUCACUCGCCGUGAUGUUCUUACUCCAGGUUACACUACCAAAGAUGAUCUUGGCACUGAUGGUGACGAUACAAAGCACAGCCAGAUCCCUUACUAUGAUAGUACUACAUACGUGGCCUCCCCUUUGCCUACUGGCUCUGAUGAUACUCUUAUUGAUCUCGUCUUCCUUGAUUUCUUUGUCCCCCAAAUGAAGACCAUUCUCAAGACUUUGACUGGAAAGGACUGGGCAGUUGAGCCUGUAUAUGGUGAUUACGAUGUCACUUCUAGCACAAUGUGGAAGGUGUUUGCUGCCAAAGCUUGGCUUAAAGAUUGCUAA